AUGGCUUUAUUUGCAAAAAUCAAAUGCUUUGUUGCAUCAUUCCUUUUAUUCUAUACCAUUUAUUUAUACAACUACAAAUGUGUUGAGUUAAAAGAAACUUCCUUUGAACAUGCUGCUGAAUCAGUUCUCCAUCCAUUAUCUCACCAUCACAGUCAAGCAUGUGAAGUUUUGGAUACUGCUGCUGGUUACGUUCAUCCAUACAUUGUUCAAACUCAAGCUUUCUUAGAUGAACACGUUCAUUCUCAUCCAUUAUUCAUUGAAUAUGGUAUCCAUGAAAAACUUGUUUCUGUUCAAGAUGCUUUUGUCACCUAUGUUUAUCCAUACAUCCAUCAACUCUUCCAAUAUUUCGCUGUUGUUGAAACCGCUGUUUAUGAUCAAUUUUCUGAACAUUUAGCUACUCUCCAAGGUUUAUACGAAGAACAUUUUGGUUCUAAAUAA